UGACCUCUGACCCCUGACACUGCAGCUCAUCACCCUUCUAAAAACCAUCUGAUGUCUGUCUACCUGCUCUCUACAAUCUUUCUACAAUCCUACAUUCCCUUAUCAGCACUGCCAGCUGAGUUGCACUCACCAUGUAAUCUGGAAUGUUGUGGAUUAUGCAGACCUUUCCCACCCCUUUGCUCUCUCUCUCUCUCUCUCUCUCUCUCUCUCCAUUUCUCUCCUCAUCCCUCCAUCCCAUCCUAUUUUGUACCGUGCCAGUCACUUGCAGCAGAACAAGUGCGAUUAGAGUCUGUCACAAGGCAAAAUGAGGAUGUGAGAGAACAUAAAAAAAGGAAGAAGGGGGAAGAAAAAACGUGUAGAGAGAGAGAAAACAGACAACAGAUGCAAGGUCCGAGGGCAUCAGGAUUAGUGUGCUCAGAAAACCCUGGAAAUACUGUUUCUGGCUGAAGGAAUAGGUCUCACUGCUCCCCAAAGCAUGCUGUGACAGUAUUUAGUGUUGUUAGCAUCACUACCUAUCACCUCUUGUUUAAAUAGCUCCGCCCCUCUUGGGAUAUUCUGAUGACAGGGAUUGUGUGUCGCAAAGUUUAUGUAAUAAUCUGAGGACAGGAACCAAGAGUGAGUGAUAAAGAGGGAGGGACAGAGAUGACAAGAAAGAGUUGGAGCUGUGAGAAUUAGAGAAAUACAAAUGAUGGGAGCGAAGCCAUCUAAAAGAAGCAGCAUGAAGAAGGGGGUCCCGCCCCUGGAAGGCAGUGGACUGCCAUUGGCAUCCACCGUGUUAGGAGGCAGCGGUGAUGCGGCAGCUGAGGAUGAGGAUGAUGAAGAGUUGGGGCAGCAGUUUGAGGAGCCGAUAUGUGCUCUGGUUCAGAACUGUACCAUGCUACACAACAUCGUGGGCCCGGCCUGCAUCUUUCUCCGACAAAGCUUCGCUCAGGCUCAACUCGACAGAGAUCUACGUCCAGAGGAAAUUGAAGAGUUGAAAGAAGCCUUCCGAGAAUUUGACAAAGACAAGGACGGCUUCAUUAGCUGUAAGGAUCUGGGUGAGUGCAUGAGGACGAUGGGCUACAUGCCCACAGAAAUGGAGCUGAUUGAACUCAGUCAGCAGAUCUGUGGUGGUAGAGUGGAUUUUGAGGACUUUGUAGACCUGAUGGGCCCAAAGAUGUUGGCUGAGACAGCGGACAUGAUCGGAGUGAAAGAACUAAGAGAUGCUUUUAGAGAGUUUGACUCCGAUGGUGAUGGUCAGAUCAGUCUGGCUGAACUAAGGGAAGCCAUGAAGAAGCUGAUGGGAGAGCAACUCAACCACAGAGAGAUUGAUGAGAUCCUCAGGGAUUUUGACCUCAAUGGUGAUGGGCAGGUUGACUUUGAAGAGUUUGUCCGAAUGAUGUCUCGCUAACUUAGAAGAAGAAAAAGGGAGAGAACAACCAGCUUGCCAACUCCUAAUGUGAAGAAUGAAAUGCUAAAUUAACUACCUUAUGUAAUUAAAGCAUACUCUUUCUUCAUACAC